AGUAUUACAAAAUAUAAUAUUUAAUGGAGACAGAGAGAAUCCCAACAGAAAACCAAACUACAAGCAAUUUUAAACUUUUCAUCUUCCUCUCUCUCUCUCUCUCAAUACGUUAUAGUGAGAGAAAGUGCUCUCUCUAAUUGCCUAAUAGAUCAGAUCAUCACCGGAGAGAGAAGCCCAGCACUUGGCCCUUUUUCGUAUAAAUUGUUUCUUUCGGGGGUUGAAGUGAAAUAUGGUGGGAAUUUUCUCGAGGUUUUCUGUCAGGGGUGUUCAUCGUCGGACUCAAAGUGCAAUUGAUCAAAGGGAAGUAGUAUUGCCACCUGCCGCAGAGGCGGCAGCCAAUGAGACUACAGCAUCUGCUACAAUCCACGGUAUCGAAAUUGCAGUUGACUUUAAACCGGUCGAACGGCCGAGUGAGCCACUUGACAACGACCAACCAAUCCUGUGUCCACUUCCAGAACCUUCUAUUCUUAACGAUGGACGAAUAUGGAAGGAGAGAGUGUCGUCCGGAGCGCAGAGACUAGCUGAUGUGGCGGUGACAUCAUCGGUGGGGCCCGAUGGUACUGCUUCGAGGAAAAGUAGGCCUCCUUCUAACCGCGUUAUUCUGCCAUCUGUCAGUGCACCGGAGCGUAAUAUACUCAAACUGCUCGAUGAGUGUAAUGCUUCUGGUAUUUAACAAACUUACCGAAACUGAUUAAUAUAGAUUUUUUUUUUCUUUUCUUUUUUGCUCUAUGAAUAAAAGGCUUGAAAACAUUGUUCUGUUAAUCUGUGUUUAUAUGUUCAUCUCAAAAUUCAGCAUAGAUUAAUUUUAGUCUUUAAUGAACGAACUCGAAUCGAAUACCGAGUAGUUUGAUUUGAUUUGCAACUGUAGCCUUAAACUUUGCAGAGCAUUUUCUUAUAAUUUUGAAGAGUCUUUGCCCCA